UAACCAUCAACGUCCGCCACAUUCCGCCAUUUGCACGAAUAGCGUGCGUAGUUGUGUUGUUGAAAAAAGUAUUACGUGUGUUUCAAUUUUUGUUGUGAAUUAAAAAACAAAAGGGAAAAUGAGUUCAAUAGUGGACCCUGCCAAGUUAAAAGUAGUGGAAUUACGUGCAGAACUUUCUAAGCGAGGUUUGGACUCUAAAGGAAAUAAACCGGCGUUGGUAAAACGCUUGAAAGAAGCUUUAAAAGAAGAACUAAAAGGAGAAUUGCCUGACACUUCCAUUGCUGACACUUUAACAGAGGAACCUGACACCUCCCAAUCGCAAGAUUGCGAUAUAGAAGAGUCUAAAGUACCUGAUGGAAAAACUGAUAGUCUAAAUGUAGAGAAUGUCUCAGAAGAACAUGGAGCUGCUUUUCCAGAAGUUGUUCAGCCCUUGGUAACUGUUGCUAACAGUGAAGAUAACAUGGAAGCGGAAAAUUCAACACUAGAAUCGAUGGCUAAAGAACCAGAUGCUGUGGUUAUACACGAAUCUGAACAAGAUAUAGAGAAAUCUGUGGAAAAUCAAUUGGAAGAAGUUAAUUUCAACCUUGAUGAAAAUGGAGACAUGGAUGAAUCCAAAUCUAGAAAAUCUCGUUGGAGUUCUCAAAUUGAUAACCCUGAUUUGAUCAAGCUUGAAGAAAAUAAUCAGAUCCAACUGACAGAAACAGCAGGAAAGGAACAAGAUUCAGAUCCAAAAGUUGAAAAACGAAGGCGGAGUAGUGUAUCGCCAGAUAGAUCUCAACGUCGAAGAAGUAAAUCACCAGUUAAAGAAGAUGAACCUCCCAUAGAUGCAGACAAGGUUCAACUCAGUUGGUAUGAUUCUGACCUUCAUCUACAAGUGGAUAAAGAAUCGUUUUUAUCAGCAAAACCCUACCAUGAGGGUGCUUUUGGAUUUGCAUGGGCCGGAGUUCGGGCAACUCAUGGAGUUACUGCUGGAAAGAUUUGUUUUGAAGUUAAAGUUACAGAAGAAUUAAAAUGGGAAGAUUUUUCAAAAUACUAUGAUAAACAUAGAAAAGACCAGCAAAAAUCAUUAACAAAAUACAAACAUGGUGAGAAUAAAGUAAAAGAUGAAACUGAUUCGAAGGAAACAGAUGGAAAAGAUAUUAAUUCUAAACAAGAAAAUGGUGACGAGGAAGAACUGCAAAAUACUGAAACUGAAGUGAAAGAAUUUGUAGAACAGUCAGCUGAAAGAAUAAAAGAAAGUAAUGAGUUGGAAGUAUCUGCAUUAGGAGAGUGUAAAUUAGAAACUACUGAAUCAGAAGAAUGCAAAGAGUACACAGAUGAUCAACAAAUACAAAGUAAAGAACAAUCAGAAUCACUCCCUACUCAUUUGUUUCGUGUGGGUUGGUCUUUACUUGAUACUGGUCUUCAAUUGGGAGAGGAUAAGUAUUCAUAUGGGUAUGAAUCUUCUGGAAGUUUUGUUACUAAUAAAGAAUUUCAACAGUAUGGAGUACAGUUUGGUAUUGGUGACGUUAUUACAAGUUUCUUGUGUAUUGAUGAAAACAGAAUUAGUAUAUCGUAUGCUGUAAAUGGGGUGCCACAAUUAGAAGCUGUACAGAUUCCUUAUUCUGAAAUGCCUGAAAAUUUUGCUUUGUUUCCACAUGUGCUUUCACGGAACUAUGCAUUUGAAUUAAACUUGGGAAGUAAAGAAGAAUCUUGGUUUUCUAGACCUGAACCUUAUGAAGAAUAUCAAUUUUUGGAUAAAGUGGAAGCAAAAGUCGCUGGAUUAGCACGUCCUGAAAAUAGGAGUGAUUGUGAAGUUAUAUUAAUGUGUGGUCUGCCUGCUUCUGGAAAAACCCACUGGGUGCGAGAAUACAUUCAGUCUAAUCCAGACAAGCGGUACACUGUUCUGGGAAACACACACUUCUUAGAAAAAAUGACGGUUUCUGGUGAUGCAUUGAAAACCAAAUACAAAGGAAGCUGGAAUAUUUUAUUGGAGAAAUUGCAAAAAUCUUUAAACAAAUUGAUAGAAAUAGCUGCUUUGCGCAGAAGAAACUACAUCAUUGAUCAGCCAAACGUGUACCCAUCAGCCCAGCGCCGCAAAUUGCGGCCAUUUGAGGGCUUCAAGAGGCGUGCUGUCGUUGUUGUAGUAGGAGAUGAAGAGCAAGCUAAACGGCAAUCUUUGCAAGAGGCUGAGGGCGGUAAAGACGUUCCCGAUAGCACCGUACUUGAUAUGAAAGCAAAUAUGAGCCUGCCGCAGAAGGGAGAUUGGCUUGACGAAGUAGUCUAUAUGGGUGUCGGAGAAGAAGAAGCUAAAGUCUUGGUUCAGAAAUAUAAUAGUCAAGCUCGUGAAUCCAUAGGCAUACAGAGAAGAUUUGGUCAUAGAGAUGAUCGUCAUAGAUGGCAAAACAGGCGUAACGAUUAUAGAGGUGCAAACUAUCGUGACCGAAAUUAUCACCAUAGUCGUUACGAUAGGGCCCCUCCGAGACAAGGUAAUUGGCAUCCACAACGCCCUGGUGGAUGGAAUAGAGACAGACGAGACCAUCGAGGCCCACCAAUGGGUGGUUCACGAGAUUGGAGGAACAGAGGAAAUACCAGAGACCGCGGAAACAGAGACAUGCACAUUCAAGGAAAUAACUAUAGUCGAAGUCGCAAUCAACCUGGACGAGGUCCAGCUGGGAACUGGCCUUCAAAUUGGGGUCAGAAUCAAGGCAACUGGAGUCAACCUUGGGGAGGACAAAAUUCUUGGAGUCAAGGAGGAUGGAGUGGUCAGAACAACCAUAACCAAUGGAAAUAUGGUGGUGGUUAUAGCAAUUAUUCCAAUUGGAAUUAUUAUGGACAGUACACUCAAAAUUGGAACCCCCAACAGAGCCAAACACAUUCAGCUGGGACUACCACAGGAGCAAAUCAAUAUGGUCAGUACUCUCAACAAGAUUGGGCACAAUAUGCGCAGCAGUAUGCUCAACAAGGACAAAAUUCAGAAACAACUCAGUCAACUCCUCAAAAAUAAACACAUGUUCUGAUAAUUUUCACAUUUUGGCACAUAGUACCUUUCAAUAAUAAUCCCGGUUUUAGAUUACAAUUUAUAUUUUGAAGUAGUGGUAAAGAAUUAUUUUUACCUUCGUAUUAAUUUAUUAGAACUUUCUUUUCUUUCUUCUGUUUUCUCGUAAAAAACAUUUACACUUUUUUUAAGAAAUGAUUUUUUUAAUUAAUGAUUAGAGAAUCAUGUGCAAUUAUUUAAUUUGUAAUAGUGUACAAAUUAUUGGCAUACACCCUGUUUUUUUUAUCAUGCACUAAUAAUUUUGACGUAUUUUUUAAAUGAACGACAGUGUGCUUUUACCAAUGUAAAUAAAUGGAAUAUGUUUAAAAAAUACGAAAUUAUAACAUAAAUAGAAAUGUAUUUAGACCUUCAUUAGAAUGGCACAUAAUAUCUAAACAUUAACUCCCAACUUAAAAUUUCCGUUAACAUAUCAACUGCAUAAUCAAAUUACGUCGGGAUUUGUACGACAGGAUGUACAAAAAAAAAAAUGUGGAAACAUGUAGAGUCUCCGAAAUACUGCAAUACUACUACUGUUGAAAAAUUAAGGUAUUGUGAAGACGACAAUGAAACAGUUAAUAAGUUAAUGAGUUAAUAAGGCAAACUAACUGUUGUAAAUUGUGUUUGUGUUGAUUUAAUGUACCAAAAAUGUUUAAGCGGAUUACCUAGCAGCAGAUAUUGAGGUGGCAAAUCCUUGAUUUAUGACGCUAGGAUUGAGCCGGUAACCAACCGUACAAAAGAAAACAAUAUCAAAAUAAAAUAACAUACCAUUAUUAAAUUUAGUGGUGCCAUAUAACCUUGUAGUAUUUCGGACACUAUACAUCUCGGUUUUAGCUGAAACAAAAAAGAAAUUUUACUUUUAAUCGAACUACUUGAUGUACAGUCACUGUCAUAGAAAACUGGACGACUAGGUUUGACACACACCUCCAAAUUUAAAAAAAAUUACGGUUUAAUUUUUUGCUUGAGAAAUCAAAUAACUUUGACAAAGUCACAGUCCCAUUCUUAAAAUCAGGUGCGUACACUCAAAUUGCUGUUAAAUUAAAAACUAAAAUUUUGUUAUGUCAAAGUGGUGCAGUUUUCUAUGGCGGCGACCAUACGUCGUGUAGAUAUUUUGUUUCAGACAUCCAAUAACAACACUUACGCAUCAGAGUUGAAUUAUGUGCGAAGUUUUUAUGGACAAAAUCUUCACGUUGUGAAAGUUUUUCUUUUGGGACCGUUUUAUCCUCCAUGAUUUUACCAAAUACAAUAAAAUAAAGUUUCCCAACUAGUUUCGUUGAAUGAACAUCUUCAGGGGACACUACAAAUUACACAUUAAAUACGCUUUAUCUUAAAAUUAAUUCAUUACUUACAUUAAAAUAACAUUUGGAUAGACGUUGACAAACUAAAAUGGAGAGAAAAAAUGAAGGGGUGUACGGUUAGAUUACACUUUUAAAUCUAAAUUUACUAAAUCUAAUUUGGAAUGAAAAUCUAAAUACAUAUUAAUCUAAAUGAAAUUACGUCAAAUAAUACACUAAAUAUAAACACAAACGAAGAAAAGCUAAAUUAAACAUUAAAGCAGCUUGGAAUAAUUAAGAGUUGGCAUAUAAUAUAUAAUAAUCACUAAAUAAAUAAAAUAAAAUGAUAACACUAAUCUGAGCAAAAACCACGUAACAAAAUUGUUAUAUAAAACAUAAGGUGGCGUCGUAUUAAAAAAUUAAGAAGCUAAUCACGCUUUAAAAAACAAAAAUCCACUUAAACAAGUAAGUCAAAUAGUAUGGAAUUAUCGAUCUUGUUUUUUAAAUUACUCACGUUCUGCUUCUUAAAGAGUUUAAUUAUUUCAAUGUUUCCUAGUGUGGUUAACAUGGAUCCAUCUUUUCCUUCAUGUAACAAAUCCACCUUCUUACUCACAAAUUUAUAGUAAUAUAGUAGAGGGUGUCUUCCCGUACCUGAACUCCCCGUUUAUACUUUAUGUGUUCGUUAAUCCUAAAUUUCAAUUUCCUAAUAUUCCAGUGUUCCCUGAAGUUGUUCGUUAAACGAAACUAAACAGGAAACUCUAUUUUAUUUUAUUUUAUUUUAUUUUAUUUGGUAAAAUAACGAGAAUAAAACUAUUCCAAAACAAAAACUUUCACAACUUCAGAAUUUAUUUAAUGUGGAUGUAAUUCUCCUUCGCAAACAUUUUUUUUUUUUUUUCAAUAAAAAAUACUAAUCCUAUAAAAAAAAUAAAAAAUCAUCUUCAUUCCCCCGCGGAUACUAUAAUUAUGUGACACCUAAAUAUUUGUGUAAAAGGGAUAGCCCUCACUGGCGAACGCAAACGGGAAACUUUUGUCCCUGGAUAAUAAGAGUCAUUAUAGCCGGCUGACAUUUACAAAGAAAAAGUACUAGAUUUCCUUAGCUUACGCUCGGGAAGUGUAAGAAAUCAAAAAAGAAAUUUAAUUUAUUUACUGACAGGAACAGUUUCAUCUAUUUUAUUAUAUGUAU